UAGUUUACACGUACUUGUGGUUUUAUAACAUUAUUUUGUUACUAAUAACUAAUUAAAUUAAACAAUAUAUAACGUGUUACUGAUUUUUAUGAAUUGUGUGGAGGGUGUGCUGUAGACUGAGUGACCAAAUAAUUUAAUUCGAGGUUAUUUAUUUAAUCUGACAGUUUAAAGACAUUUAAAAAAUGGAAUGCGACUGUGAUUACAUUCUUCCAACGAUAGAUGGUUGGGAAGAACACUAUCAGAAUUGCUCAACUCGUUGGCUUAAAGAUCAUGGAACUGAACCUCUUAAGAACUCUGAUGGAACUUUUCGGUUAAGGAACAAACACCUAACGAGAUUAACUCGCGAUGUUUUAUAUCAUUUGGGAUUCGACAAUGAACAUUACGAUUUGCCAGCUAUGUUCGGUGAUGUCAAGUUCGUCUGUAUGGGUGGGACGAAAUACAGGAUGAAGGAGUUCGCCAAAUACAUUGCCAAAGUGUUAAACAUACCCGACGAGGGUUUGUUGAAUUUGACCAAACAUUCCCACAGAUAUGCCAUGUACAAAGUGGGGCCCGUACUUUCUGUUAACCACGGCAUGGGAAUCCCGUCAAUGACCAUACUGCUCCAGGAGGUCAUAAAACUAUUGAGUUAUGCUAAAGCAAGAGAUCCCAUUAUUAUCCGUAUAGGCACAAGUGGGGGCCUAAAUAUACCCCCGGGGUCCGUUGUCAUUUCCUCGUGGGGUCUUAAUGGUACUUUGAAGAAAUCUUACGACAUUCCAGUCAUGGGUAAAAUUAUGGAGAUUCCAUCGAUAUUUGAUAAAAGAUUAAAUCAGGAAUUGUUGCAUCUCGCGUCGGAGGAGAAGGGGUUCUCGACAUUCAUCGGUGGUACGAUGGCUGCAGACGAUUUUUAUCAAGGGCAAGCUCGCUUGGACGGUCCAUUUUGCGACUACACAGAGUCCGACAAGGUAUCUUUUCUCAAAGCCUUGGUGGAGUUAGGGGUGAAGAACAUAGAGAUGGAAGCAACCGCUUUCGCCGCGUUCACGAGGGAAGCUGGCUUGAGGUCAGCUGACGUUUGCGUCACCGUGAUCAACCGGUUAGAACAGGAUCAGGUAACACCAAGUAAAUCUGUUCUACUGGAAUGGCAAGAGAGACCUAUGGUGAUAAUCGGCAAAUAUAUUUCUAAGUAUUACGAAAGAAUUAAUAAAUGAUUGAACUAAAAAAAGAAUAAAAAAACAUAACUCAGUCUUAAUUAGUUGGGAUAAUAUAUGUUAUCCAUUUUGUGGCUGCGUCAAUCUAUGACCGAUUUUCAUUGAUCAAAAUCGCCUCAUCCGUUCGGGAGCCACGAUGCCACUCACACACAAGCACACACAGCCACACAUACACACACUUUCAAACGCACAACCACUUUUAAACGCACAACCUCAGAAACAUACAGGUCAAACUUAUAAAACAGGCGGUAGUUAAACAGAGAAGAUGAUGAUAAUAUUUUUAAAUAUACGAAUAUUUAUUUACUCC